AUGGAAAUGACAGGAAACUUUGUCGUUUUGGCUAUAGCUCCCGAGAGUUUGAGUUGUGAAGAAAAAGAAGAUGGGAAUUGGGUUGAAGAUGACAGAAAUGGGAGAGAAGGCCUACAGGUAAGCAAGAUCUCGAUGAAUACCCUUCAUGAUGCACUAUACUGGAACACCUGCCCCUUGCAGAUGAUAUCUAUUGAAGGGGAGAGAUGAAGAUCCCGGGAGGGUCAAUAUUCGACUCAAUUUCUUUGUUUUGAUUGACGAGCAGAGGUGUGGGAGAAAAAGCAAGUUUCGUGGCGUUGGGGAAGAACGAGGAGAACGAAUGAACAAACACCAUGAAGAGGGGUAG